AUGGCACUAAGAAGAUCUAUAUUCCGGUUAAUCUCUACUACAAAAACAAGCAACGGUCUUUGUAAAGUGAGGUAUUACAGCUCCCAAGCCGAUACCCAAACUGAAGGUGAAAAGAAGAAGACUCAUUUUGGUUUCGAAACAGUAGAUGAAGAUGAAAAAACCAAAAAAGUGCAUAAGGUGUUUGAGACGGUAGCAGAUAAAUAUGAUCUUAUGAAUGAUGUAAUGUCUUUUGGUGUCCAUCGACUUUGGAAGGACAUGUUCAUGAUGAUGUUGGCUCCAACUCCUGGUACUAAGUUAUUAGACAUGGCUGGAGGAACAGGUGACAUAGCAUUCAGAUAUAUUAAUUAUUUGAAGAAUCAAGCUGGUCCAAAUGAUGUUCGUAGUAGUGUGACAAUAAGUGACAUUAACCAGUCCAUGUUGGAUGUCGGGAAGAUAAGGGCCGAAAGGCUGGGUUACAUGAAGGACAGUAUGGUUGACAUAGAUUGGGUGUGUGCUGAUGCUGAAAAACUUCCUUUACCCGACGACAGUUACAAUGCCUACACUAUCGCUUUUGGUAUAAGAAACUGUACACAUAUUGAUAAGGUCCUUGAGGAGGCGUACCGCGUUCUACGUCCGGGUGGUCGAUUUCUGUGUCUGGAAUUCAGUCAGCUAACAAAUGGAGCCCUGCAGUGGUUGUAUGACCAAUAUUCUUUCCAAGUUAUCCCAGUCAUGGGCCAAAUAGUUGCUGGACAGUGGCAACCCUACCAAUAUCUUGUAGAGAGCAUCCGACAGUUCCCUGAUCAGUCGUGGCACGCACACACACACACACAUGCAUCUCACACACAACUCAGCCACACUGUAUAUAACGAGGCAAAGCUCGAGGGCCGUAAUCGGUUAGCUCGUAGUUGGGAGUGCAUGUUAUUGCAAAAAAUCAAAAUCAUACCCAGAGAUCCGACAAUAUCCGGUCCGGGUCGGGUCCCAAGUCCGUCCAUCCGGUCCGGUCCCCGCAGCCCUCUAGCUACGUCCGUCCUAUCCUAUCCUCUAACACCUCCCAGCCAAGCAUCCAUCGAGUCCAAUCCACAGAGGAUGAAACAAAAGAAAAUACUUUUAAUUAUAACUAUCAACACUCGUCUGUAUAUACAACGGCCACUCCCCGUGCUAACGACGAUCGACUGA